AUGGGUGUACCGGCACUUUGGUCAUUAGUAAAAGAACAAAGCCAAUGUAUAACCUUUAAUAAAUUCAUUCAAGAAUAUUAUAGUAUUGGCACUGACGGACAAAAACCUUUAAGAAUUGUGGUUGAUGGUGAAUUAUGGAUCCAAGAAUCACUUCAAUCCUCAAGAAAUGAACUUAAUAGCAACAACAACAACAACAACAACAAUAUACCUAAUAAAAACUCCCCUAACAGAGAUUCAAAGCAAUUCUUUAAUAUUUUUGCAUUUUUCGCAAAACUAAAGUGUUUCCAACAAUAUAAUAUUGAAUUAACUCUUAUAUUUGACGGUUCAUUCAAGCCCACCUUCAAGAAAUGUCAACACGUGUCCCAAAGUACUAUCCUUCCCUCUACUAUAAAUACAGGCACUAUAGAUGAUUACUUGAAAGCAUUUGAAAGACAUAUAAAACAUUUCCAUUCAAACAAUAAUUCUGUUUCCAAUAUUUUACAAUCCUGUUGUUCGAAAUUAAAGUUUGAACCAAGGUAUUAUAAGGCAGUUAAGAUUUUAGAGUAUCUCCAAAUCCCAUAUUUUUUCACCUGUUCUGAAGCAGAGGCAUUUUGUUCCGUUUUGCAAUGUACUUUAGAAAACUUUGGCAACAAAUUUGAUUUUGUCUUGAGCAAUGAUUCAGAUGUUUUAAUGUUUGGUGCUCGUAAAGUUAUAAGAAAUUUUUCGAAAAGGGUCCUCAACCCAGCAAAUUCUAAAAGUCUAUCCCCAAGACAGCAACAGCAUGCCAAUGAAUAUAGCAUGGAAGUAGUAGACUUGACUGCUUUGUAUCAAAAGGUUUCGUUGUGCCAAACAAGAUUUAUUUUAAGCGGUAUUUUAAUUGGAGGCGAUUAUAAUAUAGGUGGUAUUAACGGAGUGGGUAUUUCUAAAGUUAGAGAAUUAUUAUUUGAACCUAGUUUUAAAAUAAUCUCGGAAAAAUUUUUGAGUUGUUAUCAUUCAACUAUGAACAAUAAUACCAAUAGUUGCAACGACAAGAGAAAUCAACUAAUUCUUGAUUUUCAAAAAUAUUUUACAAAAUUUUUAAAACAUAGCUUGGGCAUUGCAAAUGUAGAUAAAUUAAUUAAAGAUUGGCCAUCAGAAUACAUUAUUAUGAGCUAUGUUAAACCAUUGAUCCCAGUUGAUGAUAAUGCAGAUUUUUCUAAAAUUGAUCUAUGUACUACCGGUAUUACCACCUUGGAGAUGGAUUUUUCCAACUUAUUAUCGUUUUACAAAUUCUUGUGUGAAAGAACAAAGAAAUUUACCACUGAGUGGCUACAUAGAAAUUUUCACGAACUUUAUAUUUUGAAUUACAUUCAUUAUUUGCAGAAUGAUACAGAAAAGUUAUUUAAACUUUUUACUAUAACUAGUGAAAAAUAUGAUACUGAUGGUGGUGAUAGUAACUUAUUAUUGUUGAAAAUUAGAUAUAACAGUUUUAUACCCGAUAUACCUGUACCAGAGUCCAAAAUCAAUAGUAACAAAAAGCCCAGAAAAAUCAUCCCUGUCAUUAAGAAACGUGGCUCGCCCACCAAAAGACAAUUGGAAAUAAUAAAGCAUAGCUAUCAUUUUUGGAUUCCUCAACUUGUCUUUGAAAAAUUUGAUACGGUCUUACAUCAAGCUUAUCUAACAAAAAGGGAAGCUGCUUUAGAGUUGGAGGCUGAACUAUCGCUUUCAAAACCAGGCUCUUCGAGGAAAAAAAGAUCACCCAACAAGAGAAGUUUGGAGCAGGUAACAACUUUAGAUUCGAUAGGAUUCUUCAGUAACCAUACUACCCCUAAAAAUAAAAUAAUAUUCCGAACUAAUUGUGGUAUCAACGUCAAUAGUGAUGAUAGUUUUGUCAACAAUACAACUCUGUAUUAUACUGCCACCACUUCGAUGACUGGCAAUAAAAAAGGUGAGGAAAUUGAAUUGAGUGAUAAUUAUUUUACAACACCUUCAAAACAUCUGUGUAUUGCUGCAGAUAUAGGUAAAAACAAAAAAAAUCGUAUUGAACACAACGUCUGUUCUGAAGGAGGAGAAAAAUAUGAAAAAAUUGAUACUGAUGAUGAGGGUGACGAAUCUUUAAUUAUAGUUGGUGAAGUACAGAAAAAUAAUAUUUUGUUACAAGAAGAUGAGGUCGAUGGAAAAGUGAUGGAUUCGGGAAAACAGCACCGACAUAUAAACUCAAAACCAUCAGAAGCUUUAAAAACAUUCCAAGAAAACCAGACAUUGGCACCAUCACCAUUGAGGUUAACUGAGUCAUCUAAUGAUAAAGAUCUCACAGAUGAUACCAUAACGGAGGUUUUAGAGAAUUUUGAACAAAAAAAAAGAUUAGAAAAACAAGCUAGCGACACUAAUCUUGCAGCUAACACUUCCAUAAAUUAUGUUUUCAAUACUAACAAACACCUUGAUCCGUUACCAGAAACUAUUAUUGAUAUCAGUAGUGCAGAAGAAAAUUGUAGGAAUAAUGCAAAUGAAAAUGAUAGUUCUCUUGUUAUAUUAGAUGAAGAAUGUUUAAUGAAAGGAGAAAAUAUCAACAACAACAAGCAGCAUGAUGUUGCUAGAAGAAAUUUAUUGGAGUUAUUGCAAGCCAUGGAUGAUUCACAAGAGAAAAAUUAA